GAACUGAACCAACGAAUCUACCUCGGUUUUUGGUACCCGUCUCAAAUUACACAGCCGCUGUGGGUAAAAGUGCCGUACUGAAGUGCCAAGUUACUAACCUCUCCAUAUAUAAGGUAGCAUGGUUCCACAUGGACAGGAAAAUGCUUCUGACGAUUCACACUACAGUGGUGACUAGGAUACCCCGGUUUUCAGUCACUAGAGAUGAUGAAACGACUUGGACCCUCCAUAUCCAUGCCGUGACCCGAGAAGACAAGGGUCAGUACAUGUGUCAGAUCAACACAGAACCCAUGCUUAAAGAAAUCGGGUACCUGGAUGUUGUUGUUCCGCCCGUGAUCGUCGACUCCCUGAGCAGUGGGUCGAGUGUCGUGGUACAAGAGAAUGGGAACGUCACCCUUACAUGCCAAGCUGAGGGCAAUCCCGAGCCCAGCAUCUCCUGGAUGAGGGAAGAUCAGAAACACAUCACUUUCAAUAAGAGAAGGAAAGUCCAGAAACACGAAGGUUCGACGCUCGUCCUGAAGAAGGUGUCCCGAAGGGACAUGGGAGCUUACCUGUGCAUCGCGUCCAAUCGGGUCCCUCCAACGGUGUCCAAAAGGAUAGAACUCAAAGUUCAGUUUGCGCCGAUUGUGCUUCUGCCGAACCAGCUGAUGUCCGCCCCCCGGGGAUCGUCGGUGGGGCUGGAAUGCAAGACUGAAGCUUAUCCUAGGGCUGUGACCUUCUGGAAGCACAACGACACAAUGGUCAUGUCAACACACAAAUAUAAGCUGCAGGAGAUUCACCAUGACGACUACACAACGACUGUUAAACUCAUUAUUAAUAAGCUUGACAAGAAUGACUUCGGGAAAUACCUUUGUUACUCCCGGAACUCUUUUGGUGAAAACGACGGGACUGUUGAAUUACAUGAGCUCAACGCAGACCUGAAUCGCGGCGAGAAGUCCAACCCAAAAAUCAACAAUAAUAUCGAAGCGGAAGAAAUCAACCUCAUCAACCAUUAUCCCUUGGAGCGCGAAGGUGGGCGGGGCCAGAGUCACGUGAUAUUGGACCGUGAUGACAGCGGAAUCAUUGGGCCAGACAACAAUAACAUGAAGAACGAGAUUUCGAAAGGCGUGGAGCAAAAGAGCCAACUGGGACACGAACGACCCGGCCACAAUAAUAUCUUCACCAGCAUUAUGUCAGGAAGUGAUGGUGUGAGCGUGACUCCGGUCCGUGGGCUGCCCGUGCUCACCUUGGCGCUGCUCUCUGCCCUGUACUAUUCCCAAAUCACCAGAUGAAGGACCUGAGGCCCUAAGUGAAUCGAAGAGGGGACAUCGACCAUUGUUACAUUUCAUACAUUUGAAUCAGUGCAUCCUCGCUUCGAUCCCCGGAAGUGGGAAUUCCACUGGAAAGAAAAGAAAUUCCCUCUAAUAGUGAUCCUAUUUUUUUAUAUUUGUCUCAGUUGUCUGCUGUGCUGAGAUGCCAUGGCGGACUGUUACAUAUAUACAUAUAUAUAUAUAUACAUAUAUAUAAAGACAUAUGUAGGUCGUACUUGCUUUUGUGAGUCCCAGAUACCGUAUAAGUACUGUAGUAGUUAUGACUGUGUAUAUAUUAUACAUUGCCGACGGAUGAAAAACUUUUUUCGUGUAAAUUUGGUCUAAGUGUCUCACUCUUAUGGAAUAAUUCUUCACUAGGUAUUAAGUGUGGUCAAAGUCUAAAUUGAAAAGUGUCAUAUAAUCGUCUUUUUUCCCUCUGACUCUAACUUCGUCUCGCUUCGUAGUUUCCCUACACCACCUACUUUCUCUCUCUCUCUCUCUCUCUCUCUCUCUCUCUCUCUCUCUCUCUCUCGUCUUCUCUCUUCCCUUAGAGGAAUGUUGUUAUCGAUUAAAUGUAAAUAUCUAUAAAUAUAUUGUAUACCUCAUUCAAAUGCAGAUAUAAAAUUGAAAGAUUUUUCAUUAUUAAGUAUGCAUUCAUACAUAUAGUACACAAGUACGCCACAAUGGCAUCCAUUUCUGCCACACAGCAAUUUCUUAUUAGAAAUAGAAUUUACACCUGUUCGAACAACCUCGCUUUGAAAAAUUCUCUCUCCUCUCUCUCUCUCUCUCUCUCUCUCUCUCUCUCUCUCUCUCUCUCUCUCUCUCUCUGUCGGCCUAUCAUCCUUUUUAUCUUGCAGACGCCUCCCCUACGCAUGCUCAGAGAUGUGUGACAUUUUGGUGUAUUUGAUUCUCAACGUACUAAGUCAGUUCAGAGAGUCAUUCAGCCGCAUUUGUGCCGAAUUUAAUUUCAGUGACUUCGGUGAUUUCAUGAAUUAUUUUUCCGUUAUUGUGUGUAUUAUGGUUAACGGUUAUUUUAACGGCAAAUCUAUUCGCUGUCAAUCUUGUCUUUAUUUAACGUAAGAUUUGAACUUUCUGUCUGGUACUGAGACCAUUUUGCUCAACUGAUCUUAUUCUCAGCAUCUUAUCUCAUUUCAACGAGGUUUUUACUGCAUGACGGGAAUUCGGAGUAACAGCAUACACAAG